UCCGACCAUGCCGGGCUGAGCUGCAGCUGCUGACCUGCACCGCGCUCCGUCGCCGCUGCAUGCUCCAUGGCCGGAUCAUCCCUGACGACGCGGUCCGCCUGGCGCCACGCCACCAUGCCAUUAUAACCGACGACGCCGUUAGCGAGAGCCGCAGCGCGUGCCAACGGCCUCCGCAACGACCGCUCCUCGAUCGCGUGCUGGCAGUCGUGUCAGUCCGGCGCGCCGUGAACUCGCCCGCCAUGGCCGACGUGCUGGCCGUGGGCUCGGAGCGCCGCGUCCUCAUCAGCGGCUACGGCCUCCCCGCGCCUGCCCCGCCGCCGCCGCCUCCGCCGCCGCCGGAGAGCCUGCUCGGCCGCCUCGACCAGAUCGACCUCCGGUUGCGGCAGCUGGAGGAGCAGCGGGACGACGGCGCCGUGGCGCGGCGCGCGCCGCCGCACCAGGCGCAGCACCACCACACCAAGUCCCUGCCGUCGGCGCUGCAGCACGUGCAGGUGCGGGGCACGCUCAUGGACCGCCUCAACCUGCUCGAGUCGCGCAUCAGGCAGCUCGGCUGCGAGCUGGACCUGGACGUCGGCGGCAAGGCCGGGAGCUACGCUGACGCCGCCGCCCAUCUCGGGCUGGGGAGCUCCUCGUCCGUGGCGCCGCCGCCGGUCGAGGACCCCGCGUGGUCCGACACCGCGCCGAUGUCGGAGCCCCGCAGGGACCCGGCGGCGGUGAUGAUGCCCGCGCCCGCCAGCAGCAAGCCGGCGCCGGCGCCGGACGGGAAGAGCUGGAGCGCCGCGGAGAUCCUGCAGAGGGGCGCGCGCCAGCUCCACCGCAGCAAAACCAACCCACCCAAUAAGGUGAAGAACGUGAAGGAGGCAAAAUGUGCGUGCCAGAAGGAGAAGAGGAAGGCGGAGCGCGGCCGGACGAGCAGGAGAUGGUUCACCGUCGGAUGCUGAAGUAUUGAUUGCCCAUCAGGAAGACGAAUGGAUGGAUUUUCUGAUUGAUCUUCACCAAUCCAUAGAAGCUAUAAAUAUAUAAACUUACUUUUCUGUAAUUUGGUUUCUCCUUUGUUUUGCACUUUCGCUCUUCUUUCAUACGUAGCUGUAUACAGGUUCGUAUGUGUUUAUUGUAGCACUGUCUAGAUGCAAUGUUUUGAUUUGCCUUGUCCCAACUUAAAGUCUGCAGUCCUCAGUGAUUCCAAGGUGCAAUCCGUUUAGUCAGUCGAUGUGUGCGUCACAAGUUUGA